AGAGAGAGAGAGAGAGAGAGAGAGAGAGAGAGAGAGAGAGAGAGAGAGAGAGAGAGAGAGAGAGAGAGAGAGAGAGAGAGAGAGAGAGAGAGAGAGAGAGAGAGAGAGAGAGAGAGGAGAAGUAAGAAAAGAGAGAAGAAGAGAGAGAGAGAGAGAGAGAGAGAGAGAGAGAGAGAGAGAGAGAGAGGAGGUCAGAAUAGGUCCAUAGUCGUCAGGCAUCCAGAAGGAGGUCAGAAUAGGUCAGGCAUAGGUCAGAAUAGGUCAAGCAUCCAGAAGGGAGGUCAGAAUAGGUCGAGCAUCCAGAAGGGAGGUCAGAAUAGGUCAGGCAUCCAGAAGGGAGGUCAGAAUAGGUCAGGCAUCCAGAAGGGAGGUCAGAAUAGGUCAGGCAUCCAGAAGGGAGGUCAGAAUAGGUCAGGCAUCCAGAAGGGAGGUCAGAAUAGGUCAGGCAUCCAGAAGGGAGGUCAGAAUAGGUCAGGCAUCCAAGGGAGGUCAGAAUAG